AUGACUUCCCUACCUGGACCAUCAAGUGCCACAAGUGAUUAUCAAGAUCUAUAUGACCGCAAUUAUAGAAAGUCAAUAGUGUGGAAGUACUUUGGAACGAGGGGCGACUCCACUGUUUGGUGUGGGAUCUGCAAAGAGAGAAGAGAUCCCUUUGCAGCAAUUUUGAACGAUACGACAAGCUCCAGUAUAUCACCAGUAGCCUUACCGCCAGAGACCCCAACGACACCGACGUUAGUCCUUCCGAUACCGAGAACAACAACAAGACCGACACCGACACUGACCCUACCGACACCGAGAACAACAACAAGACCGACAUCGACACCGAGAACAACAACAAGACCGACACCGACACUGACCCUACCGUCACCGAGAACAACAACAAGACCGACACCGACACUGACCCUACCGUCACCGAGAACAACAACAAGACCGACAUCGACACCGAGAACAACAACAAGACUGAUACCGACACUGACCCUACCGACACCGAGAACAACAACAAGACCGGCACCGAGAACAACAACAAGACCGACACCGACACCGAGAACAACAACAAGACCGACACCGACACUGACCCUACCGACACCGAGAACAACAACAAGACCGACGACGACACUGACCCUACCGACACCGAGAACAACAACAAGACCGACACCGACACUGACCCUACCGACACCGAGAACAACAACAAGACCGACACCGACACUGACCCUACCGACACCGAGAACAACAACAAGACCGGCACCGAGAACAACAACAAGACCGACACCGACACCGAGAACAACAACAAGACCGACACCGACACUGACCCUACCGACACCGAGAACAACAACAAGACCGGCACCGACACUGACCCUACCGACACCGAGAACAACAACAAGACCGACACCGACACUGACCCUACCGACACCGAGAACAACAACAAGACCGACACCGACACUGACCCUACCGACACCGAGAACAACAACAAGACCGACACCGACACUGACCCUACCGACACCGAGAACAACAACAAGACCGACACCGACACUGACCCUACCGACACCGAGAACAACAACAAGACCGACACCGACACUGACCCUACCGACACCGAGAACAACAACAAGACCGACACCGACACUGACCCUACCGACACCGAGAACAACAACAAGACCGACACCGACACUGACCCUACCGACACCGAGAACAACAACAAGACCGACACCGACACUGACCCUACCGACACCGAGAACAACAACAAGACCGACACUGACACUGACCCUACCGACACCGAGAACAACAACAAGACCGACACCGACACUGACCCUACCGACACCGAGAACAACAACAAGACCGACACUGACCCUACCGACACCGAGAACAACAACAAGACCGACACUGACACUGACCCUACCGACACCGAGAACAACAACAAGACCGACACUGACCCUACCGUCAGGGUCUACAUCAGCAAGCUGGUUGCAUUUCUUUCAGUUAGCUUUAGAUAUCGCUAUUAAUAUCAAGCAAGAAGACGAGCUGUAUGUAAAAAUAAAAGUGCUGGAGACACUUUUAGCGACUUUGAACAGAUAUGAGGACCAUAAACGUUAG